CCGCUGGCCCCGCCCCCGCUGGUCCGCGUCCCGUUGGAAGACCCCGUGAAAUGCCCCUGAAACUCCCGAAGGCGAUUGUUGUGUUUCAUUCAUUCGCAGCUCGCAGACCGCGCUGGUUUACACGCUUUGGACUUCCUCCCGACCGCUCAUUUUAAAAGGUUUCUCCAGUAAGACGAAAUGAGUGAUUCCGGCAAGGACACAGUGGCUCCUAAAGAGAAAGAUGGAGCAGAGAAAAGAGGACGUGGAAGACCACGAAAACACCCACAGCAGGAGCCGAGUGGGUCGCCCACACCGAAGAGACCGAGAGGAAGACCAAAGGGCAGCAAAAACAAGCCCAGCUCCUUGACACCGAGGGGCAAAAAAGCAGCUCCGGCUUCGGCACCUGCAGGGACAAAACGCCGCGGACGACCCAAGAAAGCCGAGAAAGAGGAGCAGCCAUCCAAGUCCUCUGAGGAGGAGGAGGAAGAAGAGGAGGAAGAGGAACAGUAACCAGCAACUAACUCGUGCUACCUCACAAUCCAACGUUAUUUCUUCCUGUUGACCAGAGCUGGACUGACACCCCUCCCCCCUCUUCCCCUUCCACUAGUGCCACCCUCGCCCUCCGACUCACCUUUACGCUCUAGCGCCCCCUAGUGUCAGGGAGGACAGCACACUUCAUGCGACUUCUCUGUGUAACACCACUGGAAAAAGACUCCGAAUACUGUAUGUCCAUUCAUGGAUGCAUGCACAUGUGUAUGCACAUCUGUAUAUGUCUCGCACUCAAUGGGUAAUUGGUGGAAAGCGUCUGUCGUUAUACUGGACAAAGAUAUGCUCUGAUGGCGGCUUGA